UUGGAAUACGGGAUAAACACCCUAUUUGUUAAAAGAUUCGACAGCCAUCAUAUUAUUUGUGUUGUCUUAGAUUGUACAAGUUGUGUCGAGCAUUGUCGUCAAGGAGAAUGUAGUGUGAUUCGGGUAUACGUACACUGUCCUGGACGCCUGGCCAAAGCUGAUGAACAUAUUGAAUUAAAGGUCUCGCCAUAUAGAACGAGUGUGCUUUCAAUCGAUAACUUGGCCGGGCUUUAAUAUCAGCUGAAUAUACAGCUCCUGUCAUACGUAGAUUUUGGACAGCAACAGGUAUAAACUGGGGCUGUUUACGUUGGCAACGACAUUUAAGCUCUGCCAACACUUGUGCUCCUCAGAAGUUUGAUAUCCACCGAGUGUACGACAGUGUCCAUAACACAUUUAAGAUGGCAUGCAAAGCCGAACUUACCGACGGAGAAUUGGACGAGCUAUGUUGCAAGCUGAAGGAAUAUGCGAAAUUAGCAAAGAAAGACAACCUAACUUCUCAAGCUAUUGGGAAAAUCACAAAAGAUAACCCUCUCUGGAAGGAUAUCAGAACUGAGGUGGACUCCAGCGUCUUCCCCGCGUGUAAAGAUGACAGGACGAAACCGUACAUGACAAUUACUAAGACAUCCUGUAAGAAAUUUCUAGAAAAAUCUGCCGAAAAGUUGGAAGUCAAGAAGAAAGGGAAGGGUCUACCAGAAGGCAGUACUUGGGAGAAAGAGUUACUGAAAAAUCUCGGCGGAACAACGCUUACCGGAGUAACGAAAGAGUCGUCGACUGGCAAUGUAAAGGGCAUGACUGACACCAAAAACUACACCGGAUCACACAAGGAAAGAUUCGGUGAGGAUGGGAAAGGCAAAGGUAUAGACGGACGCGAGAACCGACACGAUAACAAGGGAUAUGUUGGAAAUUACAAAGGGGACGGAAGCUAUGACCAAAAAGUGAAAAAAUAAAUGAUAUGGCAUCUUAACGAUAGAAAUCAUCGACAAUAAAGUCUGUGAUUUAGUAUUUGGCAAUAAUACAUCAUACAAAUAUCUGAGCACUAGGUACAUAUUUGUAGUAGAACAUUGGGUAUAGUGAGGUUUUCGGUCAUAUAAACUAUUGGAACCCAACACAAACAUACUCAACAUUUUUAUAUCUUAUAGGAAUUUGAUGGGGCAAUUAAUUACAUGCUGGAAAUACUGUUAAUAUUUUAACAAAUGUAAAAAAAAAAAAAAAAAAUAAUAUUAAAACAACAUUGAAUAGAACAAUAAGGAAAAUUAUACUUUUAAGAUCUUGGGGGGAAAAAAACCCAAACACACAAAACAACUCAUUAAGCCCAAUGUUCUACAUUACCGUAAAGUGUUUAAGUUUAUACUGAUACUUAGCGUUUAUUGAAAAUCUGCAAUGGUCUUUUUACAAGUAAACUAUGCCUUAUUUGUUGUUUGUCCGUCCAAAUUGUGGUAGGGUGAUGUAUCACUGGAGGUUACGAUGUGUCAGAUCGACAUUUGUCUCAUUGUCUCCGUCUUUUGUAUAGAUAUGUUUUUACUUAUGUGUGUCCAAUAAAAUUAAUUUAUUCCAAG